GCACCAAAGCAUUCCUAGCAAACAGUCGUCGUUGUCGCAACGUACAUGCCGUGACAGUGACCACAGUAGAGCCGAGAGUCUUGUAGCGUGCGUACUUAUACACUCAGACAAUUUUGUUCCAAAAAAAUAAGAAUUUUUGAGUUUCUUUAAACCCCCCCUGUUAAUUCAAAGUGUAACACGAGAGGAGGGAUUUUACUCUCAUUUUUAUUCCUCUCAUUUACUUUUUAAUUAUCUCUCUUGUUUAUAUACGCACACAGUGUCUCUCUUACUCACUCACAUUUUUUCCCCCCACCCACACACACACCCCCUCACACUCGUUCGCGAAUUGUAAUAUCAACAAAAGGCCGGCAACAACGUGUAGCUAUCACGUUCUUUAUUUUUUGCACAACUUGAAUUCUAUGUCUGUUAAACAAUACAGUGUUCGAUCAUUAAUCGUGUUUUUAACGCAAAUUAAAAGCAAAUAAUCCGUUUUGAAGAACGGUAGUGUCGACUAAAAAUCGAGAAUUUAUUAUAAUCGCGCGUGCACCCAAAGCAAUUUGCAAUGUGUGAUAAUACUAACACAACGACGCAAAGUAUAGCGGACUACCUGUCACAGUUACUAAAAGACAGGAAGCAGUUAGCUGCUUUCCCUAAUGUCUUCAUACACGUAGAACGCCUACUUGACGAAGAAAUUGCCAAGGUUCGCGCCAGUCUCUUUCAAAUAAGUGGUGUCAAAAAGGAACCACUUGUCUUACCAGAACCGGAAGGUGAAAUCACCACACUCACAGAAAAAGUAUAUGUACCUGUCAAAGAACAUCCAGACUUUAACUUUGUGGGACGAAUUCUGGGACCACGUGGUAUGACAGCAAAACAGUUGGAACAGGAAACGGGAUGCAAAAUCAUGGUGCGAGGCAAAGGUUCAAUGAGGGACAAAAAGAAGGAGGAGCAGAAUCGGGGUAAGCCUAAUUGGGAACACCUGACUGACGAGCUUCAUGUGCUCCUCACAGUUGAGGAUACCGAGAAUCGUGCCACCCUGAAACUUGCCCGAGCUGUUGAGGAAGUCAAGAAACUACUUGUGCCCGUGCAGGCUGAUGGUGAGGACGAAUUAAAGAAGAGACAACUUAUGGAACUGGCCAUAAUCAAUGGAACCUACAGAGAUUCAAAUUCAAAGGUUGCCGCAGCAGCAGUCGUAGGAUACCACCUUGAGCCAACGCCACUAAGAUGCUCAGCUUGUGACGCUGAAGAGUGGAGGCGCCUGGCACAGGCGACAGCCGAAACACAACGUCUUCUUCCUGGUUUGGGAACACAGAUGAGGACACCAAGUGCUCCAUUAGGUGCUCCAUUAAUCCUGUCGCCGAGGAUAUCCGUCCCAACGACAGGCGCCUCCCUUCUCAAUGGAUCUGGACCACCAGCUUCUCUAUUGUCUGGUGAUCCACAUGGUCUUAUCUACACACAUUAUCCAGAUUAUGCCAACUACGCAGCAUUAGCAUCACCAUUACUCACCGAGUAUGCUACGGCUGACCAUUCUGGUGCAGCAGCCGCUGCGAAGCAGCGUAGGCACCUGGGUCAAAUACGAGAGCACCCUUAUCAAAGGGCUGGCGCACUCUCGUGAAUACUGAGUACAGAGUCGCGCCUCCGCGGAAAGGCUUGGAGUGCUAACAAUGGAAUCCACUCGCCCCGUGCUAACACCUGGACUCUGGAACAGCAUCCGCGUUUGAUUGGUUCGACACAACCAGCCGACAGACCUUCGCCGUCCGCGUCACCAGCCCUGUUCGUCAAGCUUAUCCAUCCUGCCAAAAAAAAACAAAAAAAAAACUCCCACACACAAAAAAAUAACCCAGAAAAUCCUUUCUAUAUCCAGAUGUCAAGUAUCUUAAUAAUUUAAUAAUUUUAUUGGGCGCCGGUUAUAAUUACUUUAAAACACAAGCUCUGUACUUUUUUGGGGUGAUAAGAAAUUUUACGAUUUCCUCCUGCUGGUAAUUAAAUUAAAUUCAAAGCCAGUGAACUUUGAUUAGGAGAAGCGUCUUCCCACCAUUAAAUAUCUUGUUGGACUGCAACGAACGGAGUGGGGAUAAUGAGAGCGAGAGAGAAGUGCCGGACUUUCUCUCUCGCUCGCAUUGCCCCCACUCCUCCGCUUCCUAAAAGAGCGUCGCACGCGUGGUGGGGAGAAGCUUUCCUAUUGGUACGCAACCCAUAAACCUGGUUUAAAACACUUUAAUGUUUAAAAAACAAUGUUAAUUCGAUACAAAAAAAAUUUUUGCAUUAAAAAAGGAAUUUUUUUUCUAAGUAAAAGAGUAUUUUCAUAAUAUUCCUUUCUAAGAAAAAAAAUUUUCUUUU